AUGGAUGUCGAGGGAGGUCAUUCAAGUGCCAUAUUCUUUAUCCUGUUUGGAGGCUUGACGUUCUAUGUCCUUUUGAAAAGCGAAAGAACCGAUCCCAAUUUGAGGCAUAUUCCAACUUUAGGCUUCAGAGCAUACCUACUAUCUUACGUGGAUGCGCUUCGCUUUAUUAAAACAUGUCCUGAUCGUCUGAGAAAAGGAUACGAUCAGUACCGAACGACGGCGUUUAAAGUUGCAACAUGGACACGGUGGCUAGUCGUCAUAACUGGGACUAGAGCUCUGGAAGAGCUACGAAAGUCUUCGGACGAACAUAGCUCUUUCAUUGAUGCCUCUACUGAGCCAGACGCGUCGUUAUAUCUGAGUGGACACGCCCAAGCAGUAGCUCCCCAGAUAAUUGGAGAAAUAACCAGGAGCAUGACGCAGAACCUCGCUUUCCUGAUACCGUCUAUUAAAGAGGAGGUUGCAUUAGUGCUGAACUCUGCAAUACCUGCCACGAAGUCGGAGGUAUCAAUGGGUACGCAAACACGCGACGAGCAGUAUGAGCAGAUCAGUAUGGACCAAGCUCGAGAGGUUUACGGAUAUUAUCUAAACACUAUAUUGCCGAUCCUGCCCCGUUUCAUGUCACGCUUCGCACGAGCGAUGAGCAUCACAAACCGAAGACGACGGCGCCUGCGGUCGAUGAUUAUAUCGUCCAUACGCCAAAAGAAGGAAGCGUUUCAACACUCAAACCAGGAGGUGAAUGAGGAACGAUUACAAGAUGCAUUAUCCUGGACGCUCUCCGAUGCAUCAAAUCAGAUACCGACGCAAACUAACUGGGCAUUAAUUAAACAGACGUUUGGGCAUGUGCUGUAUCAUUUGGCUGCCAAUCCGAAAUUUGCAGCACCGUUGCGGAAAGAGGUGGAGCAGAUCGUCGCUCGCGAAGGAUGGAACAAACAUUCCCUUGAUCGCAUGCUCAAGGUGGAUAGCUUUGUCAAAGAGUCGAUGAGAAUGAGCAAUAUAUCAUCUGAUGGGACGCAGCUACCAACAGGUACAAUUAUUGCUGCAGCGUCUCGGGCGCGCCACAUGGAUCCCGCUAUCUACAACACCCCGGACACGUUCGAUGGUUUAAGGUUUUCCAAGCUUCACGAGCAACGGUACGGGGACGACUGUUCCGGGAGUGGGUUGCCUUUCCAGUUGGUCACGACCACAACAGACUAUUUGGUGUGGGGAUACGGGCGGCACGCGUGUCCGGGGAGGUUCUUUGUUGCGGUUACGUUGAAGAUGAUGCUUGCGUAUGUGGUUUUGCAUUACGACGUGAGAUUUGAGAACGGCACACGACCUAGAGAUUUCAUUGCUGGCACCAACUACUUACCUGAUCCUGACGCCAAGAUUUUGUUCCGGAAGCGAAAGCCUGAAUCUAAUUACCCACUGUAA